GGCCUGGCAACGCUGCACGUUAACCUAAAAUCGAGUUUUUGGUUGGAACGAAGAAACAGUGACUGUAAACAAACAUUAUGGAAAUUGAAGAAAAACAUAAAAAGGCUUUACAAAUUUUAAACACAAAUGACAGUAUCAGCAAGUACAAUUUAGAACAAUUGGUUGAGACCUGUUGCAAAUCCUUGGCUAAUCAAGAGCCUUCUCAGAAAUUUACCAGUCAUGGAAAUACUUUUGCUUUAAUCCAAUUGCAAACUUCCUUACUAUACAUUUUGACCCAAUUUGUCAGACACAGUGAAACACCUGAAGAUCUUCUCAGCUACUUGACCACGGAUUGUAGUAUUGAACAAGAGAAGGCAAAACUCUUAGAGAAUUAUUAUGGCCUUUGGUACGACCGAAUGAGACUACAGUUCAUAAAUAUUGGAACUCAUUUACCUCAUGUAACGGAUGUGAGAUGGGAAGUCGGCCACCUUGUAAAAUCAAAUUCACUUGACCAGCCUGAUGGGCCACUGUUUAAAUUGUCCUUAAAAAUAGAGAAGUAUGAUGCUGUUUUAGAAGAGCUGAAACAUGAGUUUAUCGAAUUUACAUGCACAAGCCAGGAAUUACAAGAUUUAGUCUAUAAGUUAAAGGAUAUUGUGAGACAUUGCCAGAAGCUAGCUAGUGGACUUUCAUCAAAUUAAAUGUUAUUUAUUAGCUAAUAGACAGUAAAUGUAAAAACCAAAUAUACAGGGUGAUUCAAAA